UCACUUCUUGCCGGCCUAUCAGGCGUGCGCGGUCGUCACCGGCUUUCUCAUUCGGACAAUGCGCGCUCGGCAUUAUGCUGUUGUGCUCUAAGGGGCGAGACAGUUCGCCUCACCCACCCUGAUCAGCCAAUCAGAGGCGAGACGGUACGUGUGGCGAUGAGAGGCAGAGACGCACUCCCGCCUGACAGUCGAGCCAAUCAGACGCCGAUGCUUCACCCGAUCGUCCUUACAUUGCACACUGUCUCAACACGCGUCUAG